AAUGAUGAUCAAUCGAUGAAAACUGGAUUUUUAUCCCGAAAACAUCAAUUUUUAAUCUCGGUUUUGUUUUUCUCGUUGUUGACUAACUAUAGUGGUGACUUGCCGCCGUCGUCAAACAAGUUAAAAUUUUACUCUCACUUGGAAUUUUUUUUUUCGUUAAAUACAAAAAAUCGAAUGCUCUCUUGAUGGGACCUUUUUUCUCUUUUUCUCUCUCUCUCUCUUUCUAUGGCUAUUUAUUACACUGUUUGACCAGAAAUUUUUUUUGACAUGAAAAAUCCCAAUUUAUCUAUCUAUCCAUUUAUCUAUAUCUAAAUCGUAUUGAUUGAAUCAAUAAUGGAAAAACGAUUGAUCAAAGCCACAUGCAAUCAUCGUCGUAUAUCGUGUCUGGUUUGUCUUCAACACCACCACCAACAACAACAACAACCCGAAGAUUUUCAUCUUCAUUGUUUUUGAUUUUAGCAUAAAUGCUCAAUGCUCAAUGUUCAUCAUCAUCAUCAUCAUGCUAAUACCAUCAUCAACGUCAUUAAAUCGACGGCCAAUAUCCGUUUGUCUAUUGAUCAUUGCCAUUUGUUGUUGUCAUUGUCAAAUAUCGGCUCAACUUUUUCUUCCAAAACGGCCAUGGCUAUUACCAAAUCGUAUUAAUACGACAGCCAUUAGUAAUGUUAUUGCUAAUAUAUCGAAUGUAACAUCAUCAUCAUCAUCAUCUUUGCCUGGUGCUGGUACAUCAUCUAAUCAUUGUUUAACACCUUAUGGUACUCCGGGUGAAUGUACAGAUAUUAGAAAAUGUUUCUAUCUAAUACUUGAUCUCACUAUUUUACGACAAUCGGUCUGUUUUCGUAAUUUAAUUAUUCCUGGUGUUUGUUGUCCAUUAGAAGGUGUUGAUGGUAUACGGCCAUUUAGACCAGUUAAUUCAACAAAACCAUCAUCAUCAUCAUCAAUAGUCCGUCCACCAGAUACCAGCACCGUUGAACCAAUAUUUAUACCAUCAUCGACUACAACUACCUCUACUGCUACUUCCGUAACAUUAACCACAACGGCUAUGACUACGACAUCAACAACAACAACAUCGAAACCAUUUCAACAGAAUCGUCCAUUAUGGAAUUCAAAAACGACGACAACGACGACAACAAAAGCACCAUCAACACAUCAGACAACAUCUACGACAACAGAACUAUCAAUGACGACAAGACUACCUUCACUAUAUCCUCCAUUAUCAAAUGAUUCAUCGUCAUUAUUUCCAGAUGAUAUAUGUGGAUUAGCUGGACGUGAUGCAAGAAUUGUUGGCGGUGAAGAUUCAUUAUCAGGGCAAUGGCCUUGGGCUGUGGCGAUAUUUUUAUCUUCAAAAGGAAUUAGUAAAUAUUGGUGUGGAGGAGCACUUAUCAAUCGAAAUCAUAUUAUAACAGCAGCACAUUGCCUUUCCGAUCAACGUGGUCAACUAUAUCCACGUGAAAAUCUUCUUGUCAAAUUGGGCAUGCAUGAUCUAAAUAAUAAUGAUUAUGAAAUGGAUAGACAAACAUUUAAUGUUGUAUCCAUUUUACAACAUCCAGAAUUCAAACGAAAUGGUUUCUACAAUGAUCUCUGUCUAUUACGAUUAGAUCAUGAUGUACGUCUUGUGCCGGAAUCUGUUUGGCCUAUUUGUUUACCAGAUACAACUAUUCGUUCACGUAAUCUUGUUGGCUAUAUGGCCACUGUAAUUGGUUGGGGUACAACCAAAUAUGGUGGCCAACAAAGUGGUCUAUUACAACAGGUAUCAUUACCUGUUUGGGAUAACCAUGACUGUGAUAAACGUUAUUUUCAACCAAUCAAUAAAAAUUUUCUUUGUGCUGGUUUUGUUGAAGGUGGUAAAGAUGCUUGUCAGGGAGAUUCAGGAAGCCCUUUAAUGUUACCAGAUAAUAAUCGACGAUGGACAAUCAUAGGUAUUGUUUCAUUUGGUAAUCGUUGUGCACAGGCUGGCUAUCCAGGUGUCUAUACAAGAGUUACCGAAUACAUUGAUUGGAUUCGAUCAAAUGUGUGAUUUUUAAAUUUUGAAUGAAAUUUUUUUUUCAUUUUUUUUAUUUCUGGUUCUUUAUUGGUUUUUUCAAAUGCGGUUGGGUGGUAUAUGGUAUAUAUUAUAUAUUUAUUAUUGACAAAAACAUACAUACACAAACAC